UUCAUUCCAAUUGUGUAAUCAUAAGCAUGUCCCGCAAUUACCGAUUACAGUGAUUGAUUUGUUUAUUCUUUUUUAACUUUUUGCUCUGUUUAAUACGAAUCGUUCUUUUAGCCGAUUUUGAUGGUGUUUUGUUCGAUUUUGUUGUGCAAUAAGAGCUAUCUGUUUACUUGUUGUCAAAUCUAUCGGUGACCAUGGAAAAUCGGACCGUAAACGAUCCGAAUCCGAUAUUCUCAGCUCUCAAUUGUAUCGACCUUUCGAGUUCAGAUAUUCAUCUUUCGGUUUCGUUACUUAAACAGGCCUGUUUGGAUACCGGAUUCUUUUACGCUGUGAAUCAUGGAAUACCGGAGGAAUUCAUGGACGAGGUUUUUGCUCAGAGCAAAAGGCUUUUUAGUCUGCCACUGAGUGAUAAAAUGAAGCUUCUGAGAAACGAGAAGCAUAGAGGCUACACACCUAUUCUCGACGAACUGCUUGAUCCUGAUAAUCAAAUACGAGUAGGAGAUUACAAAGAGGGGUAUUACAUAGGAAUUGAGGAAAAAAUUCCUGGAGAUGAUUCAGGUGGAGAAAUGCCAUUUUAUGGUCCAAAUAUUUGGCCUGCAGAAGAUUUGUUACCUGGCUGGAGGAAGAUCAUGGAGAAGUUUCAUAGAGAAGCACUAGAGGUUGCAAGAGCAAUUGCAAGACUCAUUGCUCUUGCACUUGGUCUUGAGAAUGACUUUUUUGACAAGUCAGAAAUGCUCGGCGAGCCGAUUGCAGUGUUGCGUCUAUUACACUAUGAAGGCCAAAUUUCUGAACCUGCGAAAGGAAUAUUUGGAGCUGGCGCUCAUACAGACUAUGGUUUAAUCACACUCUUGGCGACAGACGAGAACUUUGGUCUCCAAAUUUGCAAGGAUAAAGAGGCUAAACCUCAAAUAUGGGAAUAUGUAGCACCGCUCAAAGGAGCUUUUGUGGUGAAUCUUGGAGACAUGCUGGAGCGCUGGAGCAACUGCGUAUUCAGGUCCACAUUACAUAGAGUUCUGGGGAAUGGUCAAGAUAGAUAUUCUAUUGCAUAUUUUGUGGAACCUAGUCAUGAUUGUCUUGUCGAGUGUUUGCCAACCUGCAAGUCAGACGAAAACCCUCCCAAGUUUCCUCCAAUUUUAUGCAAGACAUAUUUGAGCCAGCGUUACAAAGAAACUCACGUUGAUCUAGAUACUUACAAAAGUAGUAAUGAUGAGAAUUUGGGUACUCAACAGGCUCCAAUGCUUUGAAUAUUGUAAUGCUUGCAAGUAAACCCAAUAAAUAAACCCACUUCCGCCAAAGUCUACAGGGGACAGGCAGACGGUGGAUGAGCAAGGACUGGGACACGUACCUAAAUCUCAGGACUUUUUAUAUAUAAAUAAAAAAGCAAGUAAUUUUAAAGACAUGUUUAGUGCAAUAGAGUUUGUUGAUCUCUUUAGCGAGAAGCCAGUCUGUCACUACUAAAUAAGGCUUCUCUUAGACUAAGACCAUCAAACAUAAAAAUUGUCUUAUUUUCGUUUGGUGUAUUAUGUAAACGUUGUUUUAUUUACUAAACUAUACUAAGGUUAUUUAUGUCAAAUUAAUGGAUAGCUAGUCUUGUACGUUACAUCAA